AGAAAGCAGCAACCUCUCUGUCCAAGGCCAUCUGGUUAGGUCUUGUGAUCAAAUAAUUAGUAGCUACAGAAGCAUACCAGGAAACAAGACAGUCACAGUUCUUAUUAGCUAUUGCCUCUAACAGCAAGUUUGCUGAAUAACCCAGGCAAGCAAACUAUGCUAUGAUUUUUAAAUUUGUAAAAUUGCGUGGUGUGUUCUGAGGGUUGGUAAUAAAAUAUACUACUUUAGAUAAGAGGGUACUUGUAAUCAUGAUGCAUCAAGGCGUGCGAUGUCCUACGAAGAAAGCUUACUGAGUGCUACCCAGGUCUUGGUUGCCUUUCUUCAAGAAGAUUUUUUUUGGCUUCUGUAUCAGCUCAGCUCAAUAUCUUUGUGGAUAUUAUUUUCAAGAAAUAAAUGUAGGAGAGUUGUCUCUUCAAAUGUGAGAGUGAGCUCAAAAUGUGUGGAGGUACACCAAAGGCUUCAAACAGCUCAGGAAACCAGAGAGAGGAGGCAAGUAAAAUCCAUGGUUCCUCUACUACUUUGGUAAAUGACAUUGCAAUGCCGAGGCUGGGCAAUGCAAAGAAACCACUUGUGGCAGAAAGAAGCAUCAAACAUUCGAAAAGAAUUGCUGGAAAACUAUUAAACAGCUGGUCUUGUUCCGGUUUUGACCUAAAUGAAAUCCGCUUGAUAGUGUAUCAGGAUUGCGAGCGGCGGGGCAGACAGGUCUUAUUUGAUUCCACUGCAGUCCGCAAGACUGAGGAGACGGGGCUUCAAGAAGCCUCUGGAAAGACAUGUGGCAAAUGCUGCCAAGCAAACAGUGCAUCCAGUACAGCUUCUUUACAUAAUUCUACAACAGACAGCACAGAGAAUGACAUUCCAAAGUAUCAGUAUACCAGGCCAGCUUCUGAUGUGAAUAUGUUGGGUGAAAUGAUGUUUGGUUCAGUAGCAAUGAGUUACAAGGGCUCUACACUGAAAAUCCACUAUAUCCGCUCUCCUCCACAGCUCAUGAUGAGUAAAGUAUUCUGUGCCAGAGUAGGCAGCUUCUGUGGGAGCACAAAUAGCUUGCAGGAUAGUUUGGAACAUGUCAAUCAAGACCCGUGUUUAGCAAGACAGAACUCUAAUCUAAAUGGUCUGGGCCUCUGUCGUAAUGCAAGCAGUCUAGGUGUGUUACAGCUGUGUAGCAACAAACUGCUGCAUGGUGUGCCUGAAGGGGGUCCCCUCCGGCUCAUCCGGAGUGCUUCCUUCUUUGCAGCGCAUAGCACACCUGUUGACAUGCCUAGCAGGGGGCAGAAUGAAGACAGAGACAGUGGCAUAGCUCGAUCAGCAUCCUUGAGCAGCCUUUUGAUGACCCCGUUGCCAUCUCCAACCUCCUCUUCCAGUAGCUACCAACGCCGUUGGCUUCGAAGUCAAACCACAAGUUUGGAAAAUGGUAUUAUUCCUAGAUGGUCAACAGAAGAAACAUUCAGUAUGGCUGAUGAAAGUUGUGGCCUCAAUCCUGCAACCAUUCGAAGAAAGAAAAUUGCCAUCAGCAUUAUUUUCUCCCUUCCAGAAAAGGAAGAGGCUCAGAGGGACUUCCAAGAUUUCUUCUUCUCUCACUUCCCUUUAUUUGAAUCACAUAUGAGCAAGCUUAAAAGUGCAAUUGAAAUGGCUAUGAUCUCCUGUAGAAAAAUAGCAGAAACUAGCCAAAGAGUACAAGUUUACAUCAGCUGGGUCAUGGAAGCCUUGAAUGAAUUCAGACUUACAGUUUGGAACCUCUAUUCAGUUCCAAAGAUUGCUGAACCUGUGUGGCUUAGCAUGAUGUCUGGGGCUUCAGAAAAGACUUCAUUGUGCCAGCAGUUUCUCAAGGAAUUCACUAUUUUGAUAGAGCAGACCAGCAAAAACCAGUUCUUAGCUGCUCUGUUAACUGCAGUACUGACCUAUCACUUGGCCUGGGUCCCAACAGUGAUGCCAGUUGAUCACCUCUCUGUCAAGGCCUUCUUUGAGAAACGCACCUCUCAGUCUGUGAACAUGCUAGCAAAAUCUCAUCCUUAUAAUCCACUCUGGGCACAACUUGGUGAUUUGUAUGGUGCUAUAGGUUCACCUGUCAGGAUGACAAGGACUGUAAUUGUUGGAAAACGUAAAGAUUUGGUUCAACGCGUACUCUAUGUUCUUACAUAUUUCCUACGGUGCUCUGAGCUGCAAGAGAAUCACCUGACCUGGAGUGGGCAGGUAGGAAAAGGAGAGCAAGCCCUGAAUGGCAGCAACAUCACAACAGCUCUAGAAAAAGGAGAAGCCGAGGAAUCCGAUUACGUGGUUGUCACUGUUAGAAAUGAUCCUGCUCUCAUACCUCCUGUUCUGUCUAGAAAGCACGGGAAUCCUGCUGUUGGAGGAAAUGGCAGCUACCUUGAAGCUGCUUCCUUGAAGGGAAAGCAUGAAGGAAAUAAUUCUGAGCACUGUAUAGAGACAUCCUCUUGCUUGCCCCAAGUUGGGUCCCCAAAAGGAGUUCUGGAUGACCUUAAAAAAGGGAGAAGUGCUGCCAAAUCAGAACUUGUUUCUGGAGGGCAAGCUAAACUGGAAAACAUGACUAUGGGAAUGAAUAGUGGCAACCUGUACAGUAGAACAGAGGAGCUCCUUUGCACCUCAGCAGCUGUAAAAUGUCCUGAGAGGACUGAUCAGAGGCAUCCUUCCUUGCAGAAAGUUACUUUCCAGAUUGGAAGCUCCACCUCAUCAGAAUCUGAUUUAGAAACCCAAAGAAAGGAGCUGGAUAAAACCCUUGGGACACUCAGGGAAAAGAGCAAAUCUCCAUGCAUUAUGUCAAGCUCAGUGCAUAUCAUGGCUCAAUCCCAACAGGAAAAAUCUGAAUUCUGUCUUAAACCACGGGCAAGGCAGAAAUCUAACACAAUACGAAUACCAAGUGCACCUUGCUUGUCAUCAAGUCAACCAUCUGUUCCAUUUGAUAGUAGAGUCAAAACUAUAAAUUCAGGAGACAUGGAAGAAGCUAAAAGUACAUACUCUGAACACGUGGAAAGAGGAUCUCUUGACUGUGACUCCAGUAAUGCCACUGAUGAGCCAAAAUCUGGCCCAGCAAUUACUGAGAAUUGUACGGAUGUUGGAAAUAAACACCCUUUUAGAACAGAAGAGAACAUUCCUAGAAAUGAGAGCUCUGACAGUGCUCUGGGUGAAAGUGAUGAUGAAGGCAGUGCAUAUAUUCCAGUUGCACCAUCUUUGAGCUCCAUCAGCAAUAGGCCUGAAGAACUUUUUGAAGUGGAACUUGCUUUGCCAAGGUCCAACACAAUCAGUAAUCAAGGAGUGAAGCACUUUGGAAGGUCACUUCUGGGUGGCUAUUGUGCAUCAUAUAUCCCUGAUUUGGUGUUGCAUGGAAUCAGCAAUGAAGAGCAACUUAAGCACUGCUUACCAGCUGAGUUAAAACAUGCAGUGAAUCAUCCAGUUCUAGAUGAACCUAUUGCAGAAGCUGUUUGCAUUAUUGCAAAUACAGAUAAAUGGACCGUACAAGUGGCCACGAGCCAAAGAAAGACAACGGAUAACAUAAAGCUAGGCAAGGAUGUCCUGGUCUCAAGCCAAGUGUCCUCUUUACUGCAAUCCAUUUUACAGCUUUACAAACUUAAUGUUCCUGCUGACUUUUGUGUGAUGCAUCUUGAGGAUCGGCUACAAGAAAUGUACCUCAAAAGCACAAUGUUGUCUAAAUAUUUGCGAGGUCAAUCAAGAGUUCAUAUGAAAGAACUUGGAGUGGUAUUGGGGAUUGAAUCCAAUGACUUGCCUCUUCUGGCUGCUAUAGCAAGUACUCAUUCUCCAUAUGUUGCUCAAAUACUGCUCUAAGCUAAAAUCUCCCCUUAGCAAAGUGAGUGGAUUGGACAGUUGAAGAACAGAGGAUACCAAACACAAAAGGAUGGGGAGCAGAGAGAGGACAGCAGGUGACAGCAAUUCAUUCUGUCACUUUUCCUAUCCUUUGUUUUGUCUGGAAAGUUGGCAUUGGAAUUACAGUUUACAUAAUAUUGAAGACAUUCAGGGUUUUUAUAGUGUCAUGCAACCUUACAUUUUGCUAGACAGAAUGAUUAAACACUAUGAGUGGAUACACUGCUUCUGUACAGUUCUUAAAGAAACAGAAAACCAAACUGUUAUUUUCUUAUUGUUGCUCUUGUCUUGUUGUUCUGGUCCUCCCCAUGGAGGAUUUGUAAGCUAAUCUGCAUAUAUACAUAUAUCAACAUUCCUAUGUUUGAAUGGACAAGCUAGAGGAUGUAUGCAUGCCCACAUUUUUGUGUUACAGCACUACACUUCCGUGGAACAAGAUGCUGAAAUUUGGUGGUGGCUGAGAUAGCUGCAGCUUCAUUCAGUAUUCUUCAUGGAGAAGGAAGUUCUAGUUCUCCAUCAAUGCUAAUAACAAAAACACAAGAAGCUACUGUAGGCUGGCAGAAUGUCUACUGCAAACUUAUCCUGAUGCAAAUGCCACCUCUUGCAUUCCAGUUUCCUAGCCUUAUCAACAUAUAGGUCAAACCAUAUAACUUUUCAUGCACUACCAGUUCAAAAAUGUGUUGAAAUUUUUUUAAAAAAUCAGCAUGGCUAUGUACAUGGCGUAAACUCUGGGUGAUUUGUUUCAAUGCAUAAAGGUAUUAUUUGCCCUAUGAAUAAGAGGCUGUGGAGACAAGACUGCAUUCUUAAGUGAAUCAUUGAAAUGUACAGGAAGAUAUACCAGUGAGGAAAUUGUCCUGGAGGUGGGGGUGGGCAAGAGAGUAGCCAUAGUAACAGUGACAGAAUAAUUUAUUAGGACAAUUACAGGUAUUUCAUGUGAUUUAACAGAAAUUUUUGCACUAACCUCAGUGCCUUCUCUACUCUGGUACCCCUGGAUUCUAAAGAGAGAGAGAGAUGCGAGUUUUGAAUUUAAUCAUAUCCAUGUACCUUUAAGAAAUAUUACUGUACUACUGCACUGACAGAUCCUUUUUAGGUUUCCAGAUCUAGGGUUCAGUUUCUAGUAAGUUCAGUUGUAAUUUCUUUACCCUCAAGCACUGCAGAUUAUUUCAUUAAAUUAGAAUAAAGAGGAAGACCUCUUUUUUCCAAAAAGCUCCUGGCUGCCACAAUACUAAAAUUAUCCACUUGUCUGAUAAAAUCUCCAUACAGGAUUGAAAAUGCUAAUGAGGUAUAAAAAGAAAUGUUGUCAUACUUGGCAACUGGUACAAGUGAUACUAGCAAAUUUCAUGGAGUGUUUAUCUAAAUGCUUCUUUAAUAUUAGUGUUUUCUUGUCCGGGAAUUAUAAAAACUUCCAUUUUGUCUUCUUCAUUCUUGUGAUUACUUCUUCAAACUGACCACAGUUCAGACAAUCCUGUUCCACAGCAGAAUUGAUCUGCAAUUCUUAUUUUCAAGGACAUAAUUUUCUCCUAUGCAUACCACAUCAAUUCAUCCUUAUCUUGGAAUGUUUUUAAAAGUGUACUUUCUUUUUUCUUUUCCUCUCUUAAUGGUGGUCUUCAAAAUGCAUAGACUAAGAAAUGACCCCAAAUGGGGAAUGCAUUGUUUUACUGAGAAGUGGUUUCAUUCUGUACAGUAUUUGAAGAAAAGCCUUCUUUUUAUUCCCUCAUAAAUGCUACCUCAGAAUAAGCUGCCACUAGGGGGCAACUGCAAAUCAGUGCACCUGUUGAAUUUUCUGAUGGAUUGCGCUGUAGCAUUUCCAGAGCAGUAGCUGCACCAGUGAGUUUCCAUGGCUAUAUUUUAUUAAUAUACUCUGAUUUGCAUAAUUUAAUGGCUUUAAAAGUGAUGUAAAUAACAAAUACUAAAACUGACAGUGACAGGGAAGAACCUUUCAAAAUCUUUUAGAUUACAGUUUUUUUUCCCCAUGGUGUUACCAAUUGUUACAUCAAAACAGGUGGCAUACUUUCCUUUCCUAGCUGGGAACAAAUCACAUCAUCUUUUCACGGACCAUAUUUUACAGUGUUAAGCAGAAUUGUAGUUUCUCUAAAACUGUCUUAACAUUUAAUAAAUGGACACAAAAGGCAAAAGCAUGAAGCUCAUUAUUAUAGAUGUUCAUUUAAGUAAAUAAUUUGUAAAUACUUCUUAACCCGUUGAAAAUUUCAUAGCUUGAUGUCUGCUAUUUGAAUGAUAUUCUGGGUAUCUCAUGUGAAAUCAGCACAGCAACCGCUUUCUGAAAGGUUUGAUACCUUAAUUUUUCCAGUAUCCCCACUGGAUUGAUAACUGUACAGCUGAAAUCAGUGGGCAUCUCACUAAAAUAACAGCUGGACUUUCAAAACAUGUAGCAACUGUUUUAAAAAAUAUAUAAAUGAAGCAUGUUGCCUUGCUUAGAGGAAAUAUCAUGUGACCUGCUAGAUGAAGAUGUAUUUAUGUGGCUGCAGUAUGUUUGCAGAGGGAAAAUGCAAAUACUGUAGUUGGGAGGGGGAGUGGCUACCAGUACCAAACUGUAUGAACUUCAUGCUUUGAGAUGUAAAUGUACAGUAUCAUGUGUGUCAGUUUUCUUGUGGCAUUGGUGCAAUAAACUAGAGAACAUUGUUUCAUCAGUGAA